CCCAAGAAAGACCAAAAGCAAACACCAAUACCAAUGCCUCAAACCCACCCACCCACACGAGUGCUUCUCUACUCUCAUCCAUUUUCUUUAUAUAUUUUUCAUUUUCUUUCUCACAUUUACAUUACCCUCAAUCAAUCUCCAUUCCACUACCCACUUCUCUCUCUACUUUCUCCCCACUUUCUCUCUCUAGACUCCCAUUCUGUUCAUUUCUUGAAAGAAAAAUAAAGUUUUGAGCUUUCUAACUCUUAAAUUUUGAAUCUUUAAACUACAUUCUGUUUCUUUAAUGAAAAAAAAAGCUUUUACUAACAUGCAAAUCAGAAGAAACCCACUUAUUUCACCAUAAAAAGAUUUGAAAUUUGUUCUUAUUUUUGAGUACUCUGUUUGAGGCAUUAUUGUAAUUUGAAUUUUCAAGUUUUCUUGUCUUUUAAUCCUUUUUGGCCCAUUCACAAAAAGAAGAAAAAAGAUGAGUCUUGUACAACAUCAACUAAGGAAUGAGAAUUUUAAUGGGUUUCAAAAUGUGAGCUUUUUGUGUCCAAUUGAACCCCAAAAUCAAGAAAUGGGGUUUCAGAUUUUGAGUCAUUAUCAUUCAAUGGACCUUAAUGCAAAACCAACUACUAUUUUUGUUCAGACAGUAACACCAGAAAAUUACAGUAAGACUCCAAAUGCUGAAAAUGAUGACUUUUUUACCCUUCAAAACAAGGAUAAUUAUUUAUCUUUGAGUUUAGAUGAAGAUGAAGAUGAAGAAGAUCAAAACCUUAAACCCAAACCCUCUGUUCCUGCUAAAAAUGGCCACAUAAAGCUUUGUGCCAGAGGCCAUUGGAGACCAGCUGAAGAUGCUAAACUCAAAGAGCUUGUGGCUCAAUAUGGUCCUCAAAACUGGAAUCUGAUUGCUGAGAAUCUUCAUGGCAGAUCAGGAAAAAGCUGCAGAUUAAGGUGGUUUAAUCAGCUGGAUCCAAGAAUAAACAGGAGGGCAUUCAGUGAAGAAGAAGAAGAAAGAUUAUUAGGAGCUCAUAGAUUAUACGGUAACAAAUGGGCAAUGAUUGCCAGAUUAUUUCCGGGGAGAACAGAUAAUGCAGUGAAGAAUCAUUGGCAUGUGAUCAUGGCAAGAAAACACAGAGAACAAUCCAGCAUUUACAGGAGAAGAAAGCCAACCAAUCAUAUUCUUAAUUUGCCCAACAAUAAUAAGAAUGCUUGUAGUGAAUCCAGUACUGUUGAUGAAUCUGGUGCUUCGACUUGCACUGAUCUAUCUCUCACUCCCUCUUCGGCAAAACCACCGCCUAGGUUUUUCAGCCGGUUCAGUCCUCCCCAAGAAAUGCAUCAACAAAUUAUGGGUGAAAAAGAUAAGGUAAGUUUAGAGAAAUUGUACGGUACUGGAUCAGAAGUGUUAAAUGAGAGCGGGUGUAGACGAUUGGAGCAAAAUACCGAGUCAGAUUCAAACUCGGAAGUGUCAGGAAGUGAGUCAGUAGGCACCAACAAGAUCAAUCCCUCUCUCUCAGGUGAUGACAAUCAGAGUGAGAAAAUCAAUGUGUCCUUUUUUGACUUUCUUGGGGUUGGAGCUCUAUGAUUACUACCGUGGAGUUGUUCUUAUCUGAAUAUCUCUCAUUCACCAUGAUUGCUACAGUGUAUAGUAGUUAGUUACAGCGGUAAAAUUAGGGAAAUUUGAUAGGAGGGUAACUAAUAAAUAGUAUGAGCACUUUUGUAUGUGAUGUUGAUGGAGUUCUGAUGAAGAGAAUGGACAGUGGGAAAUUUGAAUGUUCUA